CCAUAGAAUUCAUCGUUAAAAAUGAAAACACUGAAUCCUCUUUGAUUGAGAAAGUUUCAAGUGUAUAUCUACUACAAAAUGGACACCUUUGUUUUUAUUUUUAUUUUUAUAAACCAAUAACAAUUUCUUUCCAUAUUAUUGAAUCAUACGGCUUCUCCGAUCUGACUUUUUCUUUUUUUUUUUUAUUUUGCUAUUGACCCAUUUUUACGUUUAUGCUGUUCAUGAUUAUUAUUAAACUAUUCCACUUUAAGAUGCUUUGAAUUGUUGGAAACCUUAGAGAUUGGAGAGUUACUAUAUAAAGGUAGACAAACCACACAACUCAUAGUCAUAGGCUCAUAGAUACAUCAAUACUUUCCUCAAUUUCAAGAGAGAUGGAAAAAGAUGCAUGUGAUUGCGAAAAUGGUUAUUCUCAAGCUGGAUUCUCUGUCGAGAAAAAGCUUAGACUGUUCGGGUUUGAGCUCAACCCGAGCAACAGCAAUGGCGACUCCAUGAAAGUUUGUGGUGAAGGUGAUGAAAGUGUGAAUUCAUCCAACACCAUUUCUUCUACAGCCAAGGAGAAAAGCUCGAUGGUAGAGGCGGACGACAAGAAAUUCGAGUGCCAAUAUUGCUUCAAGGAAUUCGCCAACUCACAGGCGCUUGGAGGUCAUCAAAAUGCGCACAAGAAAGAGAGGAUGAAGAAGAAAAGAUUGCAACUUCAAGCCAAGAGGGCCAGCCUCAAUUGUUAUCUUCAACCUUUUCAGAGCAGUCUUGGUUUCGGCUCUCCAUGGUACUAUGAUUCUCCCGCUUAUGCUACCGCUGAUUUCACUCCUUGCGAAGAAUCUCAAAUAAGUUUCAGUCAAUUCGAGCAAGAUAGCCAUUUUAAUGGCUCUCAUGCAUCGAAUUUGUACAGCCUACCGUCUGAAAUGAUUCCUUUCCAGCGAGAUUCAUCCAUGUUCACGUUAAUACAAGAUGACAGAUCAAGGGAUAACAGGCCUGUUUUCAAGCCGCCUUCUUCCACUCCAACAAAGCAAAGCUGUAAAUCCUUGGAUCUUCAAUUAGGCCUUGGUUUGCAGCAAUCUACGAUACAGAGUUCCUCUGGAGGUGGUAUAUAGCACAUGCAUAUGAACUAAGGAGGACAUACACAGCAUGCAAGGCGCCACUAGCCGUGUAAAAUACAUACCCGACAAAAGCACACUUUCAAUACGGCGCCAUAUACAGAUCCGGAACUGCAGGGCAAGACAUCAAAAAAGAAACAUACACGGUAAAGAUAUGCUUGGACACAAUUGAAACAAACCUGGACACGAUUGAAUAUAAGAUGAAAGUUCUUCUUUCUUUGUAUUUUUUUUUUUUUAAAUUUCAUAGUUUUUAGAAGAAAUUAAGUAUAUUGGAUGAGAAAGUAUUAUAAAAAAAAAUUUAUUGUCAUGCCUUUCAUGGAUUGUUAAUAUCAUAUAUUAUUGUAUCGACGAAUCCAUGUUCAUGCCAUGUUAUAUAUCUCAAUUUUAUGAUGAUAAAAGUCCGUACAUAACACUUGGUGUAUGUACUUUUGAGACA